GUUGUAAAUAUACCAAGUUCAUGCUCCAUGGAAUUUGAUGCCCAAACUAUGAAUGAUUUACCAGAAGUAGAAGUGAUCCCUCCAGAAGAAGUUUCAGCUGUUGCUUGUGACGAUAAACCAGAUCGUUUGGAAAUGGCUCAGCUUUAUAAUGAGAUGUGCAAAGUACUUGGACAAAAUGCCAAUGAAUCAAUGGAGGCAUUUUUAGCAAACAAACCAGCAGGUGCUGAAUGCUGGCAACUACAAGAACAGGGAGAAAAAGUUGGCAAACAACAAAUUGGAUCUCACAAUGAAUCCAAUUUGGUUCAAGUUGAAGAAGAAUCUCCUUCCACUAGAGACCAUCUAUCAAGAUAUAAACAGAAUCCUCUCUCCAGUUCAGUAGGAUUCUUCUAGUAUAGAACCUCAGAUACAAAAAGCAGAUUCACACUCGGAAAUGCCAACUGAAAUUGCAGGACCCAAUUUGCUGUCAACACUGCAGGGAGACAAACACAAGUCUGGUCCAGAGGCAACAACAGUGAAGUUAGGCCCUGAAACAGAAUGUAGUAAUAGAUCAACAACAGGGCCAGAUUUUGAAAAAGGAAAGAGUAAUUCGCCUGCUUGUGAAGUUGUUCCUGCUGCUGCUGCAGAUUCAUUUCCACCUCAGACUGAACCUAUAUGUUCAACCAAUGGAACUGGAGAUGAUGUGGAAAUGAAAGAGUUGUGUGAUGCUGAUUCAAGUGCCGAUGAACCAACUGAAGAAAGGGCCGAUAAAUCGGACCCUGGGGUCAUUGUUUUGGAUGAUUAAAACUAAUACAAG